AUGAGUUCUUCGCUACCUCAAGUUCCCAACAAGAAAACAAUGUGGCUGCACCCAAAGGUUUUGGGUUUCAAUCCUUCUGAAAGAUGGGGGCACUCUGCUUGCUUCUCCAAGGGCCUUAUGUAUGUCUUUGGGGGUUGCUGUGGGGGGUUGCAUUUUUGCGAUGUUCUCACUUUGGACCUUAACAAAAUGGUUUGGAGCAAGCUUACUACUACGGGUGAGAAGCCAGGGCCUAGAGAUAGCCAUAGUGCUGUUCUUGUGGGGCAUAAAAUGAUAGUGUUUGGUGGCACAAAUGGCUUUAAGAAGGUGAAUCACAUUCACAUACUUGAUCUUGUUACCAAAGAGUGGGUUCGACCUGAAUGUAAAGGGACUCCUCCUUCUCCACGAGAAAGCCAUACUGCCACGCUGGUUGGUGAUGAAAGGAUAGUGAUAUUUGGUGGUAGCGGAGAAGGCCAUGCUAACUAUUUAAAUGAUCUGCAUAUUCUUGAUCUUCGAACCAUGAGCUGGACUUCCCCUGAGUUGAAAGGCGAAUUGCCUGUCCCCAGGGACAGUCAUAGUACCCUUGCAAUCGGGAACAGGCUUAUUGUGUAUGGUGGAGAUUCUGGUGAUCAGUAUCAUGGCAAUGUUCACGUGCUUGAUAUGGCUACAAUGACUUGGUCCAGAUUGACGAUUCAAGGUUCUCCACCAGGAGUCAGGGCAGGUCAUGCCGCAGUAAACAUUGGAACAAAGGUAUAUAUCAUUGGAGGAGUUGGAGACAAACGUUACUAUAAUGAUGUUUGGAUCUUUGAUAUCUGCAAUUUUUCAUGGACUCAACUUGAUAUACAUUUUCAACAGCCACAAGGGCGAUUUUCUCAUACAGCUGUUGCUGCAGGCAUGGAUAUUGCAAUAUAUGGCGGGUGCGGGGAAGAUGAACGUCCACUCAAUGAAUUGUUAGUUUUGCAGCUUGCAGCAGAGCAUCCAAAUGGACGUUACUGCGUUCCCAUGCGCAAACCUGUUGGAACAUAUUGGAAUCAAGAAAAUAAUAUUAUCCCAGCAGAAGCGGAUACCAACUCGAAAUCUAUCCUUGUGAGGAAUAAUGUGGAAGCUUUUGGAAAUGGAGCUUAUGAAAUUGCAUCAGAAAAAUCGUCACCUUAUCACUUUGAUUCAGGUACUUCACGACAGAAGAGGAGGAGAGUUGCUGCUGCAAAGAUGUGGGAUGUUGAAUCAGAACAAGAAGAUUGUUUUCUUUCAUUGUCCCUUCAUUCAUCUCCAUAUCAAUCCGAUCAAGAACAGACCCCAAGUCAAAAGGCAAAUACAUUAUUUCCAACCACUUCCCAACACGAAAAAGACUCGAGUUAUAAGAGAAAUUUGAAGAAUAUCCCACUUAAAACUCCACAAGCUCUUCAUUUCCUACAACAUCAACAAAAACAAGAACAAUGUCUUCAUGUUAAUGAGGAUAGAAGAAGAGCUCAACAUGAGGCUGCAGAGCAGAAACCAAUGAUGCGACCCAUUCAACACCUGAUUGGUGCUGAAGUUCGGGAGAGAGUUGAAGGACCCUUUGACUCAGUUUCGCUAUCUCCUGCAGCUGUGAAUGGAAGGAUUUUCCGGGGAGUCAUAUUUACACCUGGAUCAGGAGUUGUCUCAAAGGGGGCCAGUGUUAAACCAACUUAUCCUCGAUCAAGUUCACUUCCUUCCUCUCAAUCAUUUUUGGGUGCUUUAAGGGCUUCUCAAGAGGUACCUAUGUGUUUGCAUGCAGAGCCAUACCAUGGUUCACGAUCAUGGCAAAACCCAGUGGCUUUACCAUUUCCAAUCAUGGGAGCCAGUCCUAGUGUUGUUUCCAAGGAGCAUAAAAUCAGAAGUGAUCUUCAAGGGUUGGCUCUAACACUUGGAGGCCCUGCUAGUGGAAAUCCUCAGGUAAAAUAUUGA